AUGUUAAAAAUUGAAUUUCAAUACAGAAGACGAGGAUUUUUCUUACCAUUUGCAAUCUAUAAAAAUCCUACAAGGAAUGAGAUAUUGAGUUACAGUUUAGCAGAACUCUAUCUGGAAAUGUCAUCUAAUAAUAACAACCGUAAGAGACAAAGGCAAUCUGAAACAAUUUUUUAUUGCAGUGUCUCAACGUUGUUCAGAAUUUAUGAAAAGCAAGCUCUAAAAAUAGAAUAUUGA